AUGAUGUCCAAAUUGUAUAAACUCGCAGCUCUUCUUGGAGAUGCCGAUGUCAAUUGGGAUGACAACCAUUUGAGGGUAGUCUCUCGUCUGGAUGAUAGCGAUAUCGAGAGGCUGCAACUUCCAUCGGCAAUUUAUUCACCUCACGGCACAACCAACCUCCGUCCAUUAGAGCCGAGGUCAACCCGUCAGCUGGGAAAGAUUGGUGUCUGCGCUAUGGAAGAUAAGGCACUGAGCAAGUCCAAUCAGGCAAUCUUCCAUCACUUAAAAGCUAACAACAACAUCGAAAUCAUCCUAUUUGGAGAUGAUAUGCUUUUAAACCAGCCUAUAGAAGCAUGGCCUACUUGUGACUUUCUCAUCGCCUUCCAUUCCGAUGGAUUUCCACUUGAUAAGGCAAUUUCAUAUACACAAUUGAGGUCGCCAAUUCCCUGCAAUGACUUGUUGAUGCAAAAACUCCUCUUUGAUCGCCGUCUCUGCCUCCAAAUCUUGGAUCUUCUCGAAAUAAGAACUCCCAAGAGGCUCGAAGUUAACCGUGACGGCGGCCCUUCAAUCGAUGUGAACAUGGCGCAGCACGUCUAUAAGUCCGUCGGGUUAAAAAUUGAGAGCUCUGGGUAUGGCAGCAAGCCACAAACUUUACCCGCGGUGUCUCUGAUAAAUGAUGGGAAUACGCUUCUCGUCAACGGACGGGAGCUCCAUAAACCCUUCGUUGAAAAGCCCGUCAAUGCAGAGGACCACAAUAUUUACAUCUACUAUCCCACCACGCCCCUGGGAGGAGGUGGGGGCAGGCGGUUGUUUCGGAGGAUUGGAAGCAAGUGUUCAGAGUUUGAUCCUGAGAUUGCUAUUCCUCGGUGUAUCACAGAGGAUGGAACAGUGAAUAGUUACGUAUAUGAGCCGCUUCUGGCUGCUGACUGCGGUCAAGAUGUCAAGGCCUAUACCGUGGGCGCUUCCUACUGCCUGGCAGUGACUCGACAAUCACCCGCAGUGACCGGCAUCGUUUAUCGAAAUGCGAACGGCAAAGAAAUAAGACAGGUCACAGAGCUCACAAGAGAAGAAACCGAUACAGCGGCCAAAAUAUCCGUCACUUUUGGUCAGGCCCUUUGCGGCUUUGACAUUGUUCGAAACAGAGGUAAAAGCUACGUGAUUGACGUGAAUGGUUGGACUUCUGUCAAAGACCAACCUGCAUUCUAUGGUGAAUGUGCCAAUGUUUUACAGCAGAUGAUGAUUGCCCGACGGGAGCAAGACAAAUUGUAUAGUACACGUUGA